GACAUGUACUUAAUAAAGCUUCUAAGUUUACAUUCUUUUUCUCUUCCCUGCCCCGUCUUAGGGGCUUGGUCGCCAAACCAGUAAGGACCCUAAGCAGCAUCCCCUGUGCCUCAGCAAUAGGCGAUUGUGCCAAUCAGCUGAACAGCGUCUCCCAGACGUCCCAGGAACUUAUUUCUCUUACAGGCUAAUGUUAGCAUUUGAAUCCAGUCAGAACCUCUAGUAGACGGUAAAGAAUGUCUCCCUAGGGGGCUGUCUCCCCUUUUCUGGGCCUGGGCUCAGCCUGAAGGUGUUACAAUUUCUCUGUGUGCUCACUGGUCAGUUACUAGGCACCUUCCCCACUCCCAUUCAUUUUCUGUCUAUCUAGAAACUUACAUGGACCUUGUUGGUAGUGUCUGAGCACCUCGUUGGUCAAUUUCUCCUCCCCACGCCCCUGUGAGGUAGGUCUGGAUAAUUAUUAUUUUACAGCUGGGUGGAGUUGAGGUUUAAGGAGAUAAAUUGACUUGUCCAGGAUCACACAGGAAGCCACCCAAAAGUAAGGAGUAGUGAAUGGACAAAGGGACAUGUGCUGCUGGCUUCGAAAUCUUCACCAUGGGUAUUCCCAGGAGCAGAACCCAGAUCUCCUCAGUUCCUGUCCAGUGCCUUGCCAUUACACCAUUCUUCUUCCCCCUAGGACUUGCGUAGUCCUGUUUGUCAGUAGGUCGUCUCCAUCUCUGCGGAGGCUGUAAAAGGAUGAAGAUCUUGCGGGGGGCAGGGCCAGUCACACAGCCUCCUCUGAGACAUGCCAAUAACUCCACUCAUCAGACGGCAGAUGCCUCUGCCCUUCUCCGUCACCUCCCUUGAGAGAGAGAGAGAGUGAGAGCGCGCGCCUGACGGGAGUUAACAGAAGUUCCUAUUGGGUUGAGUUCUCCUGGACUGCACCGGGCUGUGCUGGUGCUGGGGUGACCUGUCCCCUGUAUUUAAACCUGCAAAUGGGGAGCUACUUGAACUAGCCGGGGAGGGAUUUCUUUCUCUGCUGCGGAUAAAAGGUUUUGGGGUAACCCUUAGGUCUCAUGGCUGAGUUGCUGCAGAGCUGGGACACCUCGCCAACCCCUCGGCAAUUCCCACUAACUGGGAUUCUUGGGCCUGUUUUCAAACUGAGCCAAAGGCAAAAUUUCUCUGCCCUUCGAAUGACAUUCAUUCCCCCUCUGUGGGUGCAUUGAAGCACCAUGCCUAGCAGAGGUUGUUGGCAGAAUACAUGCAGCAGCCGUGUGGGGGCUGGGAAUCUGAGGAACACAUGCUGAGGCUAAUGGUCUGAGUCCCACUGUGAGAUCAUUACAAUGUGACUUACCAACCAGGGUGGCUUUAGGGAGCCAGCUAACAGAUCAAUGUGUUUUACAGUGCUUUGAGUAUGGGCAGGCUAAGUGCUAAGUAUUAUCCAGUCCCAAGUCCUGUGUUGUGCCUAAAAUCUGGGGGCAUGGGGCUUACAAGGGAAGAGAAUGCAGAGGUGAGCAAGGUGGACUAAUGCCCCCUGUCGAGGGCAGAAAGGUGAGUGUUGUCAUCUAGGCAGGAAGAUGGCAGGGGAGCAUCGUGGGGCCUAACUGAGGUGUAGUCAAGUAGGUGGCGCUGCUGCUCCUUCAUUCUAAUUGCAGGUUUCUGAGGACUGUUGGAGUGAGAGAGUCAGUUUCCUGAAACCGGAUCCUCCUCGCUGACAGAGCAGGCUCUGUCAUCUACGCCUCUAGCCAUGGACCUGCGAGCAGAGCUUUUAAAAUCCAUCUGGUACGCCUUCACCGCCCUGGAUGUGGAGAAAAGUGGCAAAGUGUCCAAAUCCCAGCUGAAAGUGCUCUCUCACAACCUGUACACAGUGCUUCAUAUCCCCCAUGACCCAGUGGCGCUGGAGGAGCAUUUCCGGGAUGAUGACGACGGGCCGGUAUCGAGCCAGGGCUACAUGCCUUACCUCAACAAAUACAUCCUGGAUAAGGUGGAGGAAGGGGCUUUUGUCAAGGAGGAUUUUGAUGAGCUCUGCUGGACGUUGACGGCAAAGAAGAAUUACAAGCCCGACCGGAAUGGGAACAGUGUCGUGUCCCAUAAGGACGCCUUCAAGCUCUGGUGUCUCUUUAACUUCCUCUCUGAAGACAGAUACCCUCUUGUCAUGGUCCCAGAUGAGGUGGAGUACCUGCUGAAGAAGGUCUGCACCGCCAUGAAUGUGGAGCUGAACUGCUGCGAGCUGGACGACUACCUCUCGCAGGAUCCCCAGCACCAGAGCGGCAUGACGGUCUGGCAGUUCCUGGACCUGGUGAACUCGGGGAAGCUCCUGCGGGGGAUCGAGCGGGAGGCCGUCAGUAUGGCCAUUGAAGAGGUGUACCAGGAGGUCAUUGAGGACAUGCUCAAACAGGGCUACCUCUGGAAGAAGGGCCAGCUGAGGCGGAACUGGUCCGAGCGAUGGUUCACACUAAAGCCCAGCGCCCUGUCCUACUACAUGAGCGAGGAGCGGAAGGAGAAGAAAGGCAGCAUUGCCUUGGACAAACACUGCUGCGUGGAGGUCCUGCCUGACCGGGACGGGAAAAGAUGCAUGUUCUGCGUGAAAACCUCUUCCCGCACGUAUGAGAUGAGUGCCUCGGACACCAAGCAGCGGCAGGAGUGGACGCUAGCCAUUCAGACAGCGAUCCGGUUGCAAGCGGAGGGGAAGAAGUCCCUGCACAAGGACCUGAAGCAGAAGCGCCGGGAGCAGAGGGAGCAGCGGGAGAGGCGGAAGGCCGCCAAGGAGGAGGAGAUGCAGCGCCUCAAGCAGCUGCAGGAGGAGAAGGAGCGGAAGCUGCAGGAGUUGGAGCUGCUCAAGGAGGCCCAGCGGCAGGCAGAGCUGCUGCUGCAGGAGGAAGAGCAGCGGCGCCGGCUGCAGCACGAGGAGAUGCAGAGGACCUUGGAGAUCCAGCUGAAGGAGGCUGAGCAGGCUCGCGCCUCCAUGCAGGCUGAGAUGGUGCUGAAGGAGGCGGAGGCCGAGCAGCAGCGGAAGCGGAUCGUGGAGCUGGAGGCGAUGCAGGAGCGGCUCCAGGAGGCCCUGCACCAGGAGGUGAAGGCACGGCAGGACGAGGAGUCUGUGAGAUACGCCCAGGCCAGGUUGCUGGCUGAGGAGGAGGAGAAGCUGAAGGAGCUGAUGAAGCUGAAGGAGGAGCAGGAGGAAUACAUCAUCCAGACCCAGCGGGAGAAGCAGGUCCUUAAGCAGGAGAUGGAAAACAAGAGCAAAUAUUUGGAAGAGGCCCAAAAGCAGCUGGAAGAAGUGAGAGAGAACAGGCAGAGGGUAGACCAGGAUGUCAUGGCGGCCCAGAGGAAACUCCGACAGGCCAGCACCAAUGUCAAGCACUGGAACGUCCAGAUGAAUCGACUGAUGCACCCCAUUGGGCCAGGAGAGAAGCGUAUGACAGCGUGUGGAGGAUUCCCCAGCAUCCCGCCUGUGGUCCUCACCAGGAGGGAGUCGUCCCUCAAGCUCAGGCAGAGAUUAGAAGAUAAGAACUAUGAUCUUGAGAGGGAAGACAGCAAGAAGAACGUGAACAACGGCGAGACCAGGAGGCUGUCGCUAUCUCCUGAUAUGGACACCACGGCCACAGAACCCUCCAACUAGCCUCAGCAGCAUGGCAGAGCCCAGUGCAGAACUGUGGGCACCUCGGGGUGUUCAGACUAGCAAGAGUAGUCAAUGUGGUGAUCUCUGUAGGGAGACAAGCUGUAUGUAGACACAUGCCAGAGAGAAGGACAGAUUCUAUAGGAGAUGUAUAUAAUGCAUCUAGGGCAGCGGUGCUUCCACUUUAUGCAACUAAAGUUUGGUUGCCCCAAGAGUUACACCUGCCUUGCGGAGAUACUGCAGCUUCUACCAUCUGGGUUGCAUAGGUGCAGCCCUUGGAGACUACAACUCCCAGCAUGCUGUGCUCCGUUUUGACCUGAGCACCCUGCCGCCUUCCAUAGUAAAGCCGAGAGUGGCUGUGGAUUGCCUUGUAGAAUCCUGCAGACUGUUUGGCCCAUGGACCCUGCUCUGGCCACCCCCCCAUUAGGAUUUCCCAGUUGCUAUUGCAACCACAGCUGUCUAGCACGCCGAGAUGUAAAGUGUAUGGCUCAUGUCACGGUGACGUCCAAAAGAGACUUCAAAAAUUGUGCUGUGCCCUAUUUUGCUUAUUUUAUAAAGAUGGCCAAGAAGGUGUUUGGGAUUUUUUUACCUUAAAUAUCGGCAAUGUCAAAUCUUCCCUACUUUUCCAGGAGGAGCCCUGGGUAUGGUGUGCCUUCGCACCUUUAUAGAGGGAGUGGGGAGGGGCUCGUUAACAAAGAUGUGCUUUCUCUAAGGCAGGGGUUCUCAAACUGGGGAUUGGGACCCCUCGGGGUUGCGAGGUUAUUACAUGGGGGGAUCGCAAGCUGUCGGCCUCCACCCCAAACCCCGCUUUGCCUCCAGCAUUUAUAAUGGUGUUAAAUAUAUUAAAAGGUGUUUUUAAUGCGUAAGGGGGUUCGCACUCAGAGGCUUGCUGUGUGAAAGGGGUCACCACUAAAAAAAGUCUAAGAACCCCUGCUCUUAAGGUCUUCAUUAGUCAGUGGAGUCAAAUAGAUGCUAACAAAAAGGAACCAGAAAUAAAGCUUUUUAAAACAAUGCGA